AUGUUACUAAUUGUAUCAUUAAUUAUGUGGACAUCAUUGUUAGAUAACUAUUCAUUGGCACAAAACACAACACAGCAAACGUAUCUGGAAUAUUUAUCAAUGGAGGAGAAAAUAAUUAGUGAUCUGGAAGCUUACAUUGACAAUCAAGAGAGUGUCUUACAAAUGUUAAGGAAAAAACUUUUGACUUUCAAAGUUGAACAUUCAGAUGCGGUACGACAUCAUGAUAAAUACUUCUCAAAUGAACUCAAUAAAUUUCUUUUUAUCAAACGACUUUCAUCCGAUACAAAUUUAAUGGCAUUGCGAACAUUUGAGGAAGCAAAUAAAUUUAAAUCUUUGAUAACUUACUAUGAGAGUGAAAAAAUGCUACCGAAUAAACAUGAUCUUAGACAAGCAUUAUUGGAGAUUGUACGAAUGAAAAGUACACAUAAAUUGCGGAGUGAUAAAAUUGCGAGAGGAUUUUUUGGCACUAAACAAAAAAGGACAAGUCUCUCGACUGAGGAUUGCUAUCAAAUUGGAAAGCAAUUAAAUUCAGCAAAAAUGUACAGUGAGGCAAUAGAAUGGCUAAAAGAAGCACUAAAACAUUAUAAUGAAUACUAUGAUUUGCAUCAAGUGAGUGCCAUUGAAAUUCUCGAGGAGCUUGCCGUAAGCUUCAUCAAUGACAAUCAAGAGCAGAAAGCACGAGAUGUUAUUGGACGAAUAUUGAGACUCGACUCGAAUAAUAAGAUUUUAUCAAAUAUAGAACGUCCAAAACGACAAACAAUAACUGAACUGUGUCGUCCUGUGGAAGAGCUUUUAAGUUUCUUAACAUUCACAUGUCCAAUGUGA